AGUAUUGGUGUUAUGUUGUUAACUUGCUGCGGUCGGUCGGUCGUGGCUGUUCGUCGUCUUCACCGUCGCCAGUUGUAGUGGAACUUUAGUCUCGGUAGGACGUCUCCACGGCCGUUCGUGGUCGCACCGGUCUUCAACUCUCUGCAUUGUGUGUGGUGUUUCCAAAUCCCCCCGGAGUGGUGAGGGGUGGAAAAAGCUACCGUGUGUUUUCGUGUGCGCCUUUUUGCGGUGGCGGUGAUUUUUCCUAUUGUUUGUGCGUGCGGUGCUCCCGCGGGAGCCUGCUUCGAUGGGUUUCGGUGUGACGGCAGAAGGUUCCUGGAUGGUAAUUGACGGUGACCGCGAUUGUUCGAAGACGGGGUGGUGAAGCGGAGUGAAGAGGCAAGGAGUACACAAGUAGGCGACAAACUAGUUGCCGUUCCGUGGAAGAGAAACGAAGGUGGAAAAAAUUGUGUGUUUUUCCUGUGUAUGAGUUUGUUUGGUUGGGGUUCUGGCGGAACUGCUGUCGUGACCGUGACGUAAUUCGCAGCAAUUACAGGAAACAGGACAACCUUCAGCUGCGGAAGUUCCAGUUCCCAAAAGUCCAGUCACCGAUUCACCGAUAGACACGAAGCCUCCAACUACUGAUCAAUAGUAGUAGUAGUCUGUACGCCUAAAGGAUCAAUAGAUAUGAUUGCCUAAUCUAACAAUCACGAAGAAAUAGUGAAAAAAAAACAUCAACUACGUGUCUAUAACCACCGCCUACCCCGUUUAAAGAUGUAAACCGCAAUCGUCGCGCCAUCUUCGAUUCGCCGCGUUUUCGUCGCGUACGCGCGCGUUAUCGGAAAUUGUCGGGAAAUGUCUGUGCGUAUGUGAUGAGUGUGAAUGUGUGUAUAAGUGCUUGAUAACGAAAUGUUGAGCACGUUUGGUGAAGAAAAAUCACGAUCAUUGGCGAUAAAGAUGAUCGCCCAAUAAGCUAAUGAAAAUUGAAAAUUUAAGAAGAAGUAGCCUGCUAAUGAAAAUCCUGCCUAUUGAAAGUUUCUUCCCCUAAAGUGUAUGUGUGUGUUCAAUCGCCAAAUCAAAGUGUAUGUGCUAUUGUUCUAAGAUUUCAUCAAAGUUUUGGCAUAUCCGGCGAAAUUGGAAGCAAAUCAGUGUCCAUUGCAGAUGUUCUCAAGUGUAUGAUCAUAGGAAGCAAUUUAGCUGUGAAGCAAGAAGCUUGAUAUUGUGUGCUAACGUAGCCCCGCCCCCUCUAGAUGCAACGUCAAUUCCUCCCUAUACGAGCUUUCAUCAUCUACCUACCUAUCCCAACAAUCGCAGCACCUGAAGCGGUAGAACCAGGAAGCGGCGACAGUCAGUAGCUCAUCAUCACCGUCACCACCACAACCACCCUUAAGUCGUCAUGUGCUCCCUUCAAUUAAAAUUUAAAUGAGCAUUUGGUGAUGUCAGUACUAGCGGAUGAUAAUGAAUUGGAUUAUACUCGGGGUGGUUUUCAUCCUAACACCGCAGCUUCGUCCGGAUCGCUCGUCGUCGCCCUCGCUGGCCGAGUCCUCCCCGUCGGCGUCCCUGCUCGGCGGUCUGCUGAACAAUGGCAACGGCAACGGCAACAAUGCCGUCGGCGGAGGUGGUGGCGGGCAGCUUGCAGUCGUCCAAGGGACACCACUCAAUCCAGAUCCCAUUCCGGCGUCGCUGCGUGCGCUCAACCCGUUCAUCAAGCACUGGGAACCGGCGCGGUUCGACCGCUCGCAGCUGGACGUGGCCCAUCGGCACCACGAGGCACACCGGCGGCGACGGCGCGGUGUCAACUAUGACCACGGUUCGGCCAGCUACGGGCCGGCCAACUUGGUCCGGCUCAACUUCCACGCCCACGAUCGAGACUUCCGGCUGGUGCUGCGGGAGGACCCGUCUUCGGUGUUUGCUCGGGACAUCCAGAUCGACAACACCGAGGGGCCGGUCGAUUUCGAUCUGUCGCGAGUGUACACCGGCAUCGUGGAAGACGAAUCCGACUCUCACGUGCACGGCAUGCUGACGAGUGAGAACCUCUUCGACGGCACGAUCGUAACCAACCUAGAGCAAUACUAUAUCGAGCCGGCCGCCCGGUACGGGCCGGAACUGGAGCGGCACGGUGUCCACACUGUGAUCUACAAACUCAGCGACGUCAAAAUUCGCCAGGACCAUCACAGCCACGAGGAUGGAGAAGAUGAUGGUUCGGCGGCAGGGAGGAGCAGCAGCCACCACCACAGCCACAGUAGUAGCAGAAAGCGUAACCAUAGUAUUAGUAGUGAUAGUGAUGGGUCGACGACGAAGACGACUUCCAGUGAUGAUAGAAGGGGGGAGGAAAGUGAAACGAGGAGCAAAGCCGAUGAAGAGGCCACGGAAGCUGCUCAGAAUCAAUUGAAUCAAAAGUCUGAUGAUUAUAGUGGUAGUAGUGGUGUUAGAAGCAGAACUAGUACUAGGGAGAGUAGCGGGAGUGAUAGGCUAAGUAGGCAAAAUGGAAGAAGUGAUGGGGAGGCGGGUGGUGAUGAAGAAGCUACGGCUGAUGGAGAGUUGGUGCGGAGAAAGCGGAGCAGUAGGAAAAGCGAUAUCAAGCGGAGGAAACGAUGGCUGCCGGAAGAGAUGCAGGAAACCAGAGGAAACCCAACGCUCCCUCUGGACUUGGAAGUUCCGUACAACGACGACUACAGUUUAACCCGCAAUCACGACUACAAAAGCCGCAUAAUCACCAGAACAAGCCUCACGAACGGUGGCAGCGGUCAAACCGUCAACAAGAACAUCAACACCAACCUCUUCCAUCCGCCAACGACGACAGUCAACAACCGCAAAAAUCACUUCCUCAUCAACACCUACAACCCGAACGCCGAUCCGAACCAGCGGAUCAUCACCCGGACGCGGAACGUCAUCGGUAACGUGUACGACCGCAAUGCCAGCCACUCCAAUUCCAACUCGACCCCGAACCGGGAAACUCAUGUCGAGAUCAUCACCAAAAACGGUUCCACCAAGAAGAACAUCAUCGGCAACAACUACGAUCCGGACGUCCUCAUAACCGGGACCAACGGGAACCAGCUGAAUCUGAACGUUCGCAACGAACUGAACGAGCAGAAGCAAUCGUUUGCCAACUCGCUGUACGAUCGGAAGAGUACGUGCAUGUUGUAUCUGCAGGCGGAUCACACGUUCUUCCAGAAGAUGGGCUCGGAUGAGGCGAGCAUAGAGGCGAUUACGCGGCACGUCCAGCGGGCUAAUAUAAUCUACCGAAAGACCGAUUUCAACGGCGACGGCAAACCGGACAACAUCACGUUCAUGAUCAAACGCAUCAAGGUGCACAAUCUGAACGCCCUCAAGGAUCCGACCUAUCGCUUCGCCGGCAGCUACGGCGUAGAAAAGUUCCUGGAGCUGUUCUCAGAGGAAGAUUACGACGCGUUCUGUCUGGCGUACAUGUUCACCUACCGGGACUUCGAGAUGGGCACCCUCGGACUGGCGUGGACCGGUGACCUCAAGAAUGCCGGCGGUGUCUGCGAAAAGAAUGGGCAUUACCGCGGAUCGCUGAAAUCGCUCAACACGGGUAUUGUGACGUUGCUAAACUACGGCAAGCACGUUCCACCGGCCGUUUCACACGUGACCCUGGCACACGAAAUUGGACACAACUUUGGCUCACCGCACGAUCCGGAGCAGUGCACACCGGGUGGCGAGGACGGCAACUUCAUCAUGUUCGCCCGGGCCACAUCCGGCGACAAGCGGAACAACAACCGCUUCAGCCCGUGUUCCCUGAAGGCGAUCGAACCGGUGCUGAAUGCGAAGGCUCGCAGCGCCAAGGGUUGCUUCACUGAACCACAAGCUUCCAUCUGCGGAAACGGUGUCGUGGAACACGGCGAGCAGUGCGACUGCGGCUGGGAAGAGGACUGCAAGGAUUCGUGCUGUUACCCAAUGUCCAGGCAUCCACGGUUCGACCAGAAACCCUGCACGUUAACUCCAAAAGCCCAGUGCAGUCCGUCGCAAGGUCCGUGCUGUACGCUGGAGUGCACCCUCAAGACCGGAGACAAGUGUCGUGAUGACAACGGAUGCCGUGAUCCGGCGUACUGCGACGGCAGUAUGCCGCUGUGCCCGCCGUCGGUCAACAAACCGAACAAGACGAUCUGCAACAAGGAGUACGUGUGCUACAUGGGCGAGUGCACCGGAUCGAUCUGCCUGGCGUACGGCCUCGAAUCGUGCCAGUGUGCCGUGGGGCCGGACGAUCCGGCCGCUCGGGCUUGCGAGCUGUGCUGUAAGCUUCCGGGCGAAGACAAGCCGUGUCUCAGUUCGUUCGACUGGAACGAUCCACCGUUUGACGUGCCGGAUAUGUACGCCAAACCGGGAACACCCUGCAACGACUACAAUGGUUAUUGCGACGUGUCGCAGAAGUGUCGCGAGGUAGAUCCCUCGGGACCGUUGGCCACCUUGAGGAAGCUUCUACUGUCGGAGGAGAGCAUCGCCAGCUUCAAGAAGUGGGUCAUAUCCAAUUGGUACGCUGUUGCCCUGAUCGCGGUGAUCGUCUUGGCGCUAUUGAUUCUGAGUGCAAAACUACUGGGCAAGAGGACGAACCUGAAGCUGAAAACGGUGACGAUUAUCCACAGUGCAACGACGGAGACGGUUCGCCUGCCGGAGGACAACAACGGCGUCAUAGUGCACACGGCCGUCCGGACCAAGGUACCGCUGAGAAAGAAGGUUCGCGGCGAGCGGUCCAAAUCGAAAACGGGUCCACUCCCGCCGGGUCAAUCCGUUCCGAAGCAGCUUGUCGCGACAGCCACCGGUCCCGGAGGGGCGGUAACCACGACCGCAGCGACAGUCGCCGGAAACUCAGCCGGGGUUCUUCCAUCCAGCUCCAAGGACCGGUUCCAUCUGUCCAGGUCGUCAACGAGCAACCCCGCCACGGUAGUCAUAAAGCAAGUCAAACGGCACGUCGGUAAAACGACCACGACCACCACGGUUGCCGGCGGCAACACCGACAGUCCGAAGAAGCUCAUCAAGAAAAAGAAGAAACGGUCGAAUGCUACUCCCGGCAAUCCUUCGGACGAAUCUCCCGUCAAAGAGCCCGUCACCAAACAGAAGAAGAAAAAGACCAAAUCCAAACACAAAGAAGUGAUCGACUACUCGUCUAGAAGUGACGCCCACGCUCAUUCGAAUACCUUUGGGAAGGUACAUCGAUGGCUUCUGGAGUCGCCGAUUGUAACGAACGCCACGAACCAAUUCGAGCACGCGUCUAAAGUAACGAACAUCAUCAACAAAAGCCAAUCUACUCCGGAGCAUUUAACAGCGGCCACUGCUAACGCAAUAUCCCAACAGCAGCCCCGGUCGCCCAAGAAGACCCGGGUGAAGACCAAAUCCGUUGGUAAUAUCAACGAAAAGGUGCGGCUGCAGGUCGUCUACAAGCCGCCCUUCAAGUUCAGUCUCAAGCUAUCCAAGAACGACCCUUCCGUCAAAACGCACGUCGUGGCUGGCCCCGUCGGUAAGCGGAAGGGUCGGAUGGUAGACCGGAAACGCGUUGCGGCGGCCAUCCAGUCUGAAGUGCCACGUGGCCGAGCGGCCAUCUUGGUGCGACCAGCAGACGAGUCCAUCCCAAUUAUUAGCCCUCUGUCGGAACCCAACUAUGAAACCCUCAACCCGCGCAAUCUACCCGAAGCUCCGCCUUCGCCAUCGUCCGAGACGCACGUCUACGAGAACGUGACGUUCCAAGGUGGCCCCGGUGGAGCAACCGAACUGCCAAACUCAGUGCCUCCCCCCAUCAAUACAGCCACCUUCCGCAUCAACCGUAGUGCUAGUGGUAGCAACAUAAUGAACCCCGUCGGAUCCCACUUCCGGAACCCAUCGAUCACCUCGGUGAGCCAGAUCCGGCCCACCUCGUCUGGUCUGCGUGGCAGUUCCUCGAAUCUGGCCGCCGCCGGAAGUAGUCAUAGCAAUAGUAACAGCCGAGAGCGGGACAAGCACCGGCGUUCCUACGGAGGAGCGCUCGGCGGCGAAAGCACCGAAAGUCUCAUCCGGUCCAGUACAACGAAUCUGGCCAAGGCCAGCAGCAAGCGGAACAGCUUCGCCGAGAAGCGCCGCUCCAGCUCAAUCAGCCUGCACCAGCGCCACUCCGGGUCGGCGUCCAAUCUGCACUCGAUGAAGCGCCAUUCCGGCUCGUCCAGCCAGUACCUCAAUCAGGAAGCGCCGGAAGUGCCCCUCGGGCGGAGGCACAGCACCAGCGUUAGGCCGGCGGAUGGCGGCGGUGGUAGCCAUAGCAACAGUAGUAAUAGUAUGAAGAAGCAGAAAAUCUCCCGGACGUCCAGCAGUACGAAUCUGAGUGGUGGAGGUAGCGGCGGUUCGGCGGCUCAACGCCGCAGCAGUAUAGGUAGCAGGCAACCGUCCGGCCAUCCGCAGCAUCUGUCCCGGCAGACUUCGCUGAAUGUCAAAGUGCACCGGAAACCGAGUGCAUCGGAUCGCAGGCCGCACACGUCAUCCUGCGACGAUCGAGGUCCAGGCGGGGCCGGAUUCGAGUGGCCGAAGAGGACGCGAGCGGCUGCCGCCGCUGAAGACGAUCCACUGCCGUCGGAUUUGGAGGUUAUGGUGUCGGACGCGGAAAACCUCGUGGGCGAUAGAUAACCCGAAGGUUUGCAACGUGCCGGACGCCUCGGAAUCUCCGCAAUAGUUAGUCCGAUUUAGAAUCUGUUCGUGUUCAUAUCGAUUUUAAUGAGAAGACAGGUAUGAAGGGAAGGGAAUGGAAGUCGAGUUAGAGGAACAAGAAAGUGAUUUUAACCAAAAGGUUCUGAGGCGGGUUGCGGGUUCAUGAUCCUGCCGGACUUCAGUUUGAUUUAAUUUUCUUUAUCAAGUGCCAAUGUGUGUUAGAAGAAAGGGGUUGAAGAAUACGGGCUAGGAAUAUCAUGAUCAUGGUUUUUAUUAUUAUUAGUUCUAAUAAAGAAAGAUUUUUGACGGGAAGUGAUCAAAGCGGAAACAAGACUAGUCCCGAAUGGCAGCAUAUCAGUAGGCAAUGGUGAAGAAUUCCGGAAAAUUCUUAGGGCCGUUGGUAGAUUAGUCAAUUCUCUAAGUUCAAUGGUUGAUUCUGUGGUUCGAAACUUGUUAAUUGGAACUAACGAAACCAAAGUUCAGAUGAAAAACUUCCCCCAGGGCAGUAACAUUCCGACGCUUUAGCGAUCCAAAGCAGAAUAUUUUACCAUUGAAAUGGAAGAACGUAAAAAGCUCGACAACUUUAUAAGACUGACGUACCUCCAUGACAGCCAAUCCAUCAGGA